GUAUGUGUGUCUAUGUGCCUCUGAAAUUCUAACUUAGUACAGUACUUGAGUAUUUGUACUUAGUUACUUUAUAAUUUAUAAAGCAAUGCAGUACUUUUGUUUUUCUCUUUACUGCCCCUCAGCUGUGAUGAUGCUGAUUGGCUGCUGGCCCUCAGCUGUGAGGAUGCUGAUUGGCUGCUGGCCCUCAGCUGUGAUGAUGCUGAUUGGCUGCUGGCCCUCCUUUGUCUGAAACCUGAAGCAUGAAUGUGUUGUGUAGCAGCCCCCCCUCGUGGCUGUUCUAACUCAUUACACCUCUUUAUUUCACACACAACCAGGAUGGAGAUGUGACUUGUGAUGGACCAGCUUGCACAGAUUAAACAUCUAUUUAUAGAGACAUUUGACUUUCAUACAAUACAUUUUGUUUUUACUAUCGUUUGUUUUAUUUACUAAUCAAAUUAUAAAGAAGUGAAUAUUUUUAGAAAAUUGAAAAGCAUUAUUAUAAAUAAAUCGUCUCUCUGUAGAACAGCAGGCCUACAGGAGGAACUUUGCUCGAGGCCCCCACGCUGUCCACCAUUAUGCCAUUUGGGUCUAUGAGCGCUUGGUUCAUUGCAGCGUGCAGACCGUAUUUUCUUUGUAGCAUAUUUGUCACAAGCAGGCGGAGCUAAGGAGGCUGAGAUGGAGGGAUGCUGCUGAAGAGCAGGUGGAGCCCGCGGGAUGCACUUUGCUGCUGAAGGAGGAUCAGAGGAAGCUGGAAAAGAGAUUUGAGAUUUUUCGAAGUAAAUUUGACUCCGUGGAUGUGUUUGAGUUUUUUAAUCUUAGCUUUGCUCCCGCUGAGCCGACAGAAGCUCCUCCGUCUGUCUGCAGGUCGCGACCAUGUGAAGCUCAAUCAUCGGGUCGACGGCCGCAGCCUUUCUCCCCCUGAAACCUGAUAUUAUGCAGGAAACAAGGAGCUCUGGACGGAUUCAAGGGGAACAAAGCACCGGUUUACAAAACGUUUUACAAACUGGCAGUAUUCGCCAACUAUGGUUGACCCCUCGGAGGCUGAGGAUCAGAACAAGUGUAAAGGCCCGCAGCUCAACGCACCAGCUGUGGCCACUGAAGACCCUCGACUGCCAGACCAGGCAGAUGGCACGACUACAGAGGAGGAAGGGGAUGCCGGUUUCGAGACACCGCCCUCCGGCACUUCAGAGUCGAGCCCCUGCCACGUCGCCGCAUCCUCGGCAGGGCCAGACGCCGCCUCUCAGGAGGCCCCACCUGAAGCCCUACCUGAGGCCCUACCUGAGGCCGCCUCUCAGGAGGCCCCACCUGAAGCCCCGCCUGAGCAACCACAGACUCAGACUGACAGAGAGCCGUCUCCAAAGCUGCACCUGGACCUGUACAACUUUGACUCACCCGCCGCAGAGGGCAGCCGCUACGUGUUAACAAGCCCUCACUCUCUGGAAGCGUGUGCUCGAUGUGGGGUCAAACCUGUGGAGCUCCUGCACCGUCCGCUGGCUGACUUCGCCCGGGAGGCUCCCGGCCGAUCCAUGCGCGUUGCGACAGGCAUGUUUGAAGUCUGCGAGAGAGACAGGCACGCCAAACUGAGGCAGUGCAGGGAGGAGCGGGAGAGGAUCGUCAGAGAGGAAAAAAGAAGGAUCCUGCAGGCGACGGUCAAUACGGGCAGCAGUGCGUCAUCGUCCUCCGUGGAGCAGCAGCACAAAGCCUCCGCUGGCUCCACUCAGCCUCCUAAAUCUGGGCCGGUGACCUUCAGCUCAGCCCCUGAGUUUGGAGCAUCCUCUAGAGCCACAGCAUCAGGUCCGACCUCUAAACCAGCUCUUUUAGCUAAAGCCCACAGUACCUCCCCUAAAUCUCAGUCCUCAAAAACUGGUUCCAACACCUCGACGCCAUCCUCCAAGGGUGGUCUCCAUCCUCUGUCCUCUGAAGUAAAAACCACACAGCAGCUCUCCUCCGGCCCUCCACCAGUAUUCAGGAAGUCCUCAGGCGUUAAAUCUUCUAACACUUUCCCCAGAUCAACACCAAAACCCCCCUCCUUCCCCAGAGCCAACUCCACAUUAACAUCCUCAGUGAGGAAGCCCGCAGUCCAGAGCUCUGGGACGCCUCUGAACGGCGUCACAGGAGCAGUGUUGUCUCAGCACAAUGGGCAUCUUGGCCUUCCCCCCAAGGUGCAAGGAAAAAGCCAGUCGCUGGAGUCCUUGCAGCGCAGGAUGGAUCCCGUCUGCUCCUCCACCUCCAACACCACAACUACUACCACAUGCACCUCGUCAGAAUCAGGUGCUUCCUCCUCUUUCAGCUGGGAGGGGGCACGAGAUCACUGGGCUAAAGCCAACAGUCCUCGAGCUCGCACUAUGGCCACUUUCAACUCCCUGAUGGGUCGCAGCCUCAGCCUCGGCGACCUGAGCCACUCCCUUCAGACGACGCAGAAGGUGGAGCGCAUAGUGAGGGAGGUGAGGCGCCGGGGCUUGAAGGCCGUGUCCGAGCGCGACCGCAAGAUUGCAGCUUUGAUGCUCGCCAGAUACCAGGAAGAGGACAUCAUGAGUCAGACCCGCUACGUGGCUCACCUCCAGUGGGACAGUGAGCGCAGAAUGGACGAGCUACGGCGAGAGCAGGAGGACAGGGAGAAGCAGCGUGCGGUGCUUCAGUGCCAGCGGGUGUGGCAGACCCAGGUGUCGAUACGUCAGCGAAGACUCAGCCAGCAGGAGCGACAAUCAACGGCUGCCAAAAUGCGACAGGCCGAGGAGAGCGAGGAGCGGUGGAGGGAGCUCGCGGAGCAGCAGGAGCGCAGCCGUCUGCUGAGGUUACAGCAGGCAGCACGGGAGGAGAAGCACAAGAAAGCUCUGCAAGAACAGAACCUGAAGGCCCUGGACGAGGAGAGGGCGGCCAUGCUGGAGCAGGAGAGGCUGCUGCUGAAGGAGAAGCUCACCAUGGCCGAGCUGAAGAGGCAGGAGAAGGAGCACCAGAGCCAGGAGGAUAGACGAGGUCUGAACAAAGCAGAGAAGAGACGCCACGCCGCUCUGAUACAGGAGAUCGCCCGCAGAGAGCAGGAGGAGAGGGAGGAGGCGAGGAGGGCCGCAGAUGAGAAGCUCAACCGCUCCCUGGAGAACUAUGAACACAUAGUUGAGCGUCGAGGGCUCGAGCUGAAGGAGAAGGCCAAGCGUGAGGAGAAGCAGAUCCAGAAAACACGCAAGGCAGCAGAGAAGCGUGAGAAGCAACAGCAGCAGCUUCUGGAAGCUCGCGUGAAGGAGGCGGAGAAACGAGCCCAGCAGGCAGCGUUAGUGGCCGAGGUGAGGGCCAAAGAGAAAGCUCAGCGGGCCUUCCAGAGCCGGCAGGAGAAGGAGAAGCUCCAGAAGCUCAACAGGCAGCGAGUGGAAGAGGAGGAGAAGCAGAGGCGUCUGGAGCUGCUGCAGUCCAUCGAGAGGAAGCUGGAGAAGAGCGAGCAGAUCUUCAAGGAGAAGAGGGCGGUGCUGGAGAGCGCUCGCUCCGUGGCCCAGGCCUCGUUUCACGUACGAGACAAAGUGCGGGAGGAGACCAACAUGCGUACGUUUGACAAAAUGGCCCUGGAAGCUCAACUGAAAGCCGGCCUGAACGACUGAUUAAUGUUGUUGUAGACUUCUGGUCCUGUGCUCGGCUCCUGCCUUCAUCGCUUCACCCUCCUCCCCCUCACAGCCACAGUCUUACUUCUCUUCACCCGUCAGCAACCGUUUUUAUUAUAAAUCCUUUCAAACCAAAUCAUUUUGUAUCGUGGAUGUAUGGAGACAACCCCCCCCCCCCCCCCCCCCCUUCUAUUUGCCUUCUGCUCCGUUUAUCUCAGCUACUGGACUGAAAGCUGUGCGCGGAUGAAAAGAGUCAUUGUUUACCAGGAAGCACAACUCCAUGACAACGGCAGAGGCUUUUAAGGAGCGCUCCUGUGAGGGAGAAUCAAGUGCAAAUGUGUUUCAGCCCCCGAAGCAGAAGGAUCUUUUUGUGACAGAUAUAGCGUGGAUAUAACGCCGCGGGACACUCGUCUGUACCGGACCGCUGACGAUGCAGCGCAGGAGGGCCGUGUGCACGAGCCCCGUGCUGAUGAAGCAUCAGAGGACGCUGAUUCCUGCAGCAGGCCCCUCCCUCCCCCUCUGACUCGCAGUAAACAGUGAAGAGCUCUGAGAGUCGGCCACCUUUAAACUCCCCCCGCAGUCGAUCCAACAGCGGCCUGGUGACCCCGUCAACAGGUGCUGAGCGAGCGGCGGCGACACACAAUCCUCUUUUUCUUCCCACGCUGAAUCCAAGUCUCCCCUCUGAUGGAAACAUCUGGAUCUUUUUUAUUCCCUGUUGAAGUAUUAACAGUGCAUCUCUGAACCUGCAGCCUUUCACCUGCAUAGACCACACGACAUGUACGAGGUUCAAACAGCUUUAUUAGCAUCAGGCAUGUUGUUCAGUGCGUAUCAUGUCCCCUGACACGUGUGCUUCUUUUCUGCUGUUAACUUAUCAUUUGUACCAUCAUCAUAAAUGCUUGCGUCAGUGAUUACAUCGAGUUGCUUCGUCGAGGAUUCUUCAGAUGUAGCAAUAAUGAAAUGGUGAAGGUGGAAAUCCCACGUGUGAGUUCAGUGUUUCAGAACACCUGUGUUAAAGUAAAGGACACGACCUGUUCAUACAAUCAAAA